AUGACGACUGAUCUGGCUGUGCGCACCGACACAGUCAUCAUCCCGCCCGCUAAUGGGCGGGGGCACGCACCGCGGUAUCCCAAGUGGAUAGCAACAGCUGACAUCGAGAAAUUUGACGUGAGCGAGGCGAGGGGAUACAAUGCAGCCUGGGAGGUUCUGCGCACCUGCCAGCCUGCUGUGAUGUCCAAGAGUCCCUUGGUGCAAAAGCUGUUGGAGCGCUGGACUCUGCCCUACCUGGCGAGUGCAUUUGGGUUGCGGCGGGGGAAUGUAGAGGUCCCGUCAAGUGAAGAGAAGAGCAGUGCUUAUUUGGAGCAUGACGACAGCAAGAAUGUGUUUGGAUCCUUCUAUCAUGUCCGCGAGCCUGCCACACAGCGCUUGCAGAUGAAGUUUUCCGAGUUUGUGGACUGCCUGAGCUCGUGGAAGACCAGAAAGGCCUUUGUCAGGGCACCAGUGAUGAUGGGCCGGAGCAUAGACAACUCAGCGCAGCCCUGUGAGGACCUGGGUCCUGGCCUGCAGGAUGACCUUAGAAAUUGCAUAGACUGGCAAUGGCUUGAGGAGUCGCAGCACAUCCAUAAGUGGGGUGGCAUCAGAGGGGUCAGUCUGGAGGUGGGCUCCUCCAAUGGCCUGCAGCCUGCGCGCUACCACACACAUGACCGCCUGCUUGCUCAGGUGGCGGGGCGGCGGCGGGUGUUGCUUAUAUCGCCGGAGUACGCGCACAGGGGGAUGUACGCAUUCCCCAUACACCACCCCUACGACGGCUACGCGAUGCCGGACCUGGAUCGCCCCGACACGGGCGCCUGGCCGCUGCUUCGCCGCGUGCAGGGGCUCACCGCCGUGCUGCACCCGGGCGACGCACUCUUCGUGCCUGCCUACUGGCGCGACCUUGACACAGGGUCAACAUGCCUAGCCUUUGAGAUGGGGCAGGGAUUACGGCUGCAGAACCGGGAUGCCUUGUGGCUCGCCAUCUCACGGCUCAUCGAGGAGCGCGUCGGCCUUCUGCAGAGCGCCGCCAACGUCCGGCACUGGCUGCUCACCAUUGCAAGGGAGGAGGAGGAGAGCUGCAUCGAUGCGGCGACGGUGCGCGGCUACCGGCUCCUGGUGAUGUGCCAGGAGGUGCGCGACGAAAUCGAGGCCGUUCUAGGCGCAGACACCGACGCUGCCGAGCUCCUGAGAGCAAUGUGCGACCACCGCCUAAAUUUCAGGGAGCUGCUGUAUCUGACGGACAAGCCGCUGCAGCUGCCUGACACACGGACGGAGGAAGAAAUCAAGUACCCAGAGCUCUUCCGCCACAAGCUCAUUAGUUGCUAA